CCUUCAGUCUCUACCACUCUGCUCAGAGAGGAGGGAAAAGGACCUGCUGUCAUUCUGAACCAUUCACUUGGACUUAGUAUCACAGACAAGCCUUUCUAUUCUUCUGACCAAAGCAACUGUAGAAGUAACGGAAGACGACAACUGUCUACUGGAUAGAUACUGAGAAGUAAAUCAGAGAAAGACAAAUCACAAUAAGAGAAAGACGGUAAAGGAGUAGUCCCAUUUUAGAUAGUGGUCUGUUUUUUCAGUCAGGCUGGCCAAAGACACUGACAUGGCAGAAGAGAUGAACCACACCUCGGAGGCCCAGGAGACACAGACCAACGGAGAACACAGCCUAACAGACUCCCCUAUCCUGGGGAACAUGGUACGCACCGAGCUGGAAUGGGACGUGCCCAUGAGUGUCCCUUUGCCCAUCGAGGUCAUCAGUACUGACCAGCCUUUCCCGUUCCUGGACACCACCCUGGCAGACCUGGGCAUCGAAGAAUCCGCAGUGAAGGAGCGGGUGGUGUGGGUGGACACCAAGCGGACGCAGGUGAAGAGCAAGUCAGGCAAACUGAAGGAGAAGGAAAUCACCAUCUUGGAGGUACGGGUCAAGGCCCAGAUCCCCGGAGACAAGAAGACCCAGGAGGUACUCUACAGCACCGAGUCCCACACAGACCGCUCCUUCUGUCGGACCGGAGUGGAUAUCCUGCCCUGGAAGAGUCACACACAGACAGAGGAGAAUGGCUUCCAGCCAGUAGAGAUGACCAUGGCCUUGGACAUCGAGUCACAGCCCAAACAGGAGAUUCGAGAGGUGUGAGGGAACACUCAGGAUCAUCGCCAGAAAAAGCUAUAACUUAAUGAUCAGUGCAAUUAAACAUGGAUCAGCCACUCAGGCUUUGAAUUGUAAAAACAUUUAAGCAAAAAAAACAAAAGCAAAGUCGACCUGUAAAGCUAUCUAUGCCUUUGCUGUUAUACCAUGCUCUAUAUCUAAAUCAGGGAUGGAUAACUUUGAUUGGGGUGGGGGCCACAACUGAACCCCUGAAAAUGUUGCUGCUUAAAGCAAGUUUGCUGCAAUUCUACAAUUGGAGAGAAAUGUUUGCAGUUUUUAAUAUGAUAUCUGAGUGAGACUGACUAACAAAAUCAAAUGGGGGCCCCCCAGACAGUAAUUCGACCAUGAUAACAAGUUUAGAUAGCCGGCCGCUAGAUUAAUUUACCAAUCUUAAUUUUUUUUAAGAUGGGCUAAUUGAUUGACUAUUAAUUAACCGACAUGGGCUAAUUGAUUGACUAUUAGUGUCUGACACAUGAGGGAAAACUGCAGACGCACAACUACAUUUCAAAAUUGCACCUUGCUUAUUCUACUAUUUAAACUCAAAAAAGUAAGUGGAGAUCCCAACAGGAAAUUGAGCCGCAUGUGGUCUGACAGAUGCACAUCCCUGAUCUAAAUCCUGCCUUAUAUAUAUUUCUUUCCAAGUAUUUGUUGUAAUAUUAUUUCAUGAACUUUGUUUGCUAUGUAAUAUUUGGCAUCUCUAUAGACUUGGUUUGUCUAGCUAUUGCUUAUUAUACAGUGGCUUGCGAAAGUACAUUUACAUUUACAUUUAAGUCAUUUACCAGACGCUCUUAUCCAGAGCGACUUACAAAUUGGUGCAUUCACCUUAUGACAUCCAGUGGAACAGCUACUUUACAACAGUGCAUCUAAAACUUUUAUGGGGGGGGGGGG